CGCGCACGCAGCAGUGAGGUACGAAGUUAGCUCUCUGGCUAACCGCGGCGCUUCUUUUGGCUUCUCGUUUCCGUGUAGAAAAAAAGAAAAGAAAAGAAAAGCAAACACACGUCGUUUCCUCAGAGACGGUUGAUUUCUCUCUGGUUUUGAUGCCACACAGGUGUAAAAACACCUUUUUAUUCCGAAGUUUGUUUCAUUUCUUUCUUCCCUCAGAAACCCCGCGAACGGAUGUGAAGGUGCCGAAGUGAAGGGGCUUGUUUUUGUCUUUAAACUUAACUACAAUUAUCACUUAUUACACUUCACGUUUUGAUCCCGUCUUUCCUUUCAUCCUUUGGGAGGCGGCGUGUCAGUGAUACUGACGUGGAGAGAAAAAGAGAUUUUUUCUUUUUUCUUGGUUGUGUUUUUUUUUUUUUUUCUUUUUUCCAGUGAAAUGGAUGUGAGAUUUUAUCCUCCUCCUCCUCCAUCAGUAACAGAUCCAUCCAGACUGGGACCAUCACACUGUUCAGACUCCAGACUGGGACCAUCACAUUAUUCAGACUCCAGACUGGGACCAUCACAUUAUUCAGACUCCAGAUAUUCAGACUCCUCAUACUGCAAUAAGUACGACAGUGAAAGCAUGUUCAUGCCAGUGCCUGAGCCGAGCCAGGACUUUGUGCCAGUGAACCAGUUUCCAAGCUCCAAACAGACUGCAGCUCAGUGGAAGAGAGAAACUCCUCCUCAUCCAGACACUCAUCGCCUGCCACACUGGUGCUACCCAGUUCCUGGUCUCGGUGAUGAGGACUUCAACAUCCCCCCCAUCACCCCUCCCUCUCUCACUCACCUGGCCGACAGCGAGUCCGGGUCGUACCACCCUCUCUGCCCCCCCGCCCCUCACACGCUGCACCCCUUUAACAUGCAAGGAAUGGACCUGACCAACAUGGCCACCCCCGGUGUGACAGGACAGGAUGGGAACCUCCUCAGCAGCUCCUCACUCUCAGUGAUGCAGCAGAUGGUGAACUCUGACUCGCGAUACGGUGGCCGUCCUCACGGGGACGCCGUCAGACCCAGAGUGUCCUCAGGAAUGGUUCCUCAGGGUCAGCUGACUCCCAUCAACCAAUCACAGCACAGCACUCAGCUGGGCAUGAGCGGGAACUCCGGGAAUAACGGGAACGCUGGUGCUCGCGGAUCACCUUCUCCUCCAGAGAGCAAAUCAGCCACACCGUCUCCUUCCAGCUCCGUCCAUGAGGACGACGCAGACGAGGCUCUGAAGAGUGGAGCAGAGAAGAGAGCGGCUACAGACGUUGCAAAAAAACCCAAAACUCCCAAGAAGAAGAAGAAGAAAGACCCGAACGAGCCUCAGAAACCCGUCUCAGCUUAUGCUUUGUUCUUCAGAGACACUCAGGCUGCCAUCAAGGGCCAGAACCCCAACGCCACCUUCGGAGAAGUGUCCAAGAUCGUGGCUUCCAUGUGGGACGGUCUGGGGGAGGAGCAAAAACAGGUGUAUAAGAAGAAGACCGAGACGGCAAAGAAGGAGUAUCUAAAACAGCUGGCUGCUUACAGAGCCACGCUCGUCUCGCAGAGUUACAGUGAGCCGGCCGACGUGAAGGUCUCCCAGGCGUCUCAGAUGCUUGGUCCGAAGCCUUCAUCCUUUCAGUCACAUCCAGCUCUCUACAUGGCUCCUCCAUACCCCCAGCAGCCCCAUCUGCCUCCCAUGCAGCCCGGACUGACUCGGGGCAGCACCUCCAGGCCAGGUGGUAACAUUAGCAUGGGCAACAUGGCGGCUGCCUCGCCCCCUCCUCUACAGAUCAGCCCCCCGCUACACCAGCACAUCGGCCUCCAGCAGCAGAUGGGCAACCAUUCGAUGCAACUGCACUCACCAUCUAUGGCCCAGGGGUUUCCUCUCCAGGCCGAGUAUCAGAGUCUCAUCAGUGUGUCGUCUCCUUCUAUGGAUUAUCGCUCUGGCUGCAGGACCGGACCAUCUCAGGGGCUCGACUGGACCACUGACUACUGCACCAACAGUGCUCUGCAAAGGGACAAAGCUCUGUAUCUCACCUGACUGAGACCAGACUAAGAAGUCCUUCAGGAACCAAGACGAAGUUCACGCCCUUCAUAUGGACGAACACACACCUCUCCUCAACUCGUACACAUACGCACGCGCGCACACACACACACACACACACACACACACACACACACACACACACACACACACACACUUAAACACGUUGAACACACAGAUCUGUACGUGUGUGCGAGUGUUGCUCUUUCCUCAUCGCUCGCUCUGUAACUGAAUCGUCUUGUUCUGGGUUCUUCUGGGACUAAAAGGUUGUAAAUUGUAGGAUAAAGUCACUUUAAUUCCAACCGAGGGGCUUUAAAUAAGAUCCCUGUUGGUUUUAUUCCUUGUUAAUGAAGUGACACGAGUCAAACUGUGAGUCUGUCAGUCGUAAAGCACUUAAUGCUCUAUAACUAAAAAAAAAUCACAUCUAAAAGACAGGGAGCGACACACAAGCCAUGUAAUAUUAUUAUUAUUAUUAUUAUUAUUAUUAUUAUUAUUAUUAUUAUAUUCAGAUGGUUACUGAACCAGAACACAAGGUUAAUCUUUAACUUUGAGAGCCGUAGAUAAGCUGAACCUGUAUCACACACCAUAUAAAGGGUUCAUUAUAAUUAUAACAUUAUAAUAAGUACAAUAGUAAAGAUCCCACAAUGCAGGCUGCAGGUCAGAGCAGCUUCAUCUCAGGUCACAGUAUCAUCCACAGACACGGCUUAUAAUCAGCAAUAACAAGGAUAGGAACGUUUGGCUUCACAAUGAAUAUUCAUAAAGUAUUCACUACUCUAACGGGGUUGAGUGGAGAUCGUUCUAGUGCUGUGUGUUACACUAACGUUUGUGUUACACUAACGUUUGUGUUACACUAACGUUUGUGUUACACUAACGUUUAUGUUACAGUAACGUUUGUGUGACAGUAACGUUUGUGUUACAGUAACAUUUGUGUUACAGUAACAUUUGUGUUGCACUAACGUUUGUGUUAUGGCUGUAGGAACGUUUCUAAAUGUUGCCCAAAAAACUGACAAUAUGUCACUUAUAGAUCCAAGCUAUGUUCAGCUGUCUAUCACAAGAUGGGAAAUGAUAAUAAUAAUAAUAAUAAUAAUAAUAAUAAUAAUAAUAAUAAUAAUGGCUUAUGUGAACACACUUAGAGAGCAAAAUAAAAACCAAAACUGCUAAACUUUUUAAUUACUUUUUAAUUAUUUUAAAAUAAUACAAAAAUGCAUAAGAGAAUAUGUGAAUGAGACCCUCCCUCUCUCUCUCUCUUCCUCUCGCUCUCCCCCCUCACCCCCCUCUCCCUCCCUCUCUCUCUCUCUCUCUCUCUCUCUCUGUAAAGAUCUUUUAGUCCCCUGCCUUAGACCCCGAGCUCUGUUGUGAUUAUAGAGUGAUUUACUUCAUGGCUCCUGGCUGUGAACUGUGUAGUGGCUUCUUUUUAGCCCUGAUCUUGAUCCAUGCUGUAAAUAGAAUCUGUGUGAUUAUUUACUCCCAGAUAGAGUUUACAAACUCUAUCUUUUAUUUCCAGAAACUGUUUAUAAGCAAAGAAAGGUGAUGAACGUCAAAAGUCCAGAGAUACUGAGCAUGUUUAUAUUAUCAUUAUCAAUAUAAGCGUGUGACGUGAUGUACGGCUAAGUACGGUGACACAGACUCAGAAUUUGUUCUCUGCAUUUAACCCAUCCAAAGUACACACACACACACACACACAGCAGUGAACACACACACACACCGUGAACACACACCCGGAGCCGUGGGCAGCCAUUUGGGGGUACGGUGCCUCGCUCGAGGGCACCUCAGUCGUCGUAUUGCCGGCCAGAGACUCGAACCCACAACCUUAGGGGUAGGAGUCAAACUCUCUAACCGUUAGACCACGACUUCUCGUCAUCUUAAUAUAUCCUGCUGAGGGUCUAGAAAGUUACCAGGUUCUGCAGUUGCACUUUUUGCAUUAACCCUUAAAGGUUUUAUUUAGAACCCUGAAAUAAUGCACUUUAGUGUUAAUCAUCCAGAGAAACUUCCUGUAAGGUUGGUUACUACAGGAUAUACACACAUGUAACAAACAGAAACCUUGUGCUUAGAUCUAGAACUCUUACGGACGCUUGUAGAACACCUCGCACUCUUAAUGUUUCUUCAGUCUCGCUUUUUGAGGGUUAUUCAUAAAGGUUUUAUGUAGAACCUCUUUAGAUAAAUCUAAAACUGUUAACAUAAGUGUAGAAACCAUCAGUAACAACCGUGUGAACUGUUUAAUCUACAACACUUUGUGGUUCUUUUGAUGGUCCUAGAUAAAGUUCUAUCAGUCGAAUCGCUCUUCCAGAAGGAAAUAAAGCUAGAACUCUUAGAACCCUAGAAUUGUCUUCUCCUUUACAACAACUGUAUAAAACUGAGGACUGAAGAACAUCUGCAGAACCUUCUAUGUUAACUUUCUAACACCCUAUACAGUGUUGCCAUGGUAACGUUUCAGUCUUUUAAUUAAAAAAAAAAAAAUAAAUAAACAUAUAAAGUUCUAUUAUUCACUGUUGUUUAUGAUUGUUGCCAUGGUUACAUACACUGUGUUAAAAUAAACUAGUAAACUCAUUCUACCGGUUAGUUAAAAGGGACAACCAUUGCCAGGCAACCGGAUGCUAAACGCAAACUGGCUAAUGACUGAUGCUAACGAUUAGCACGUAGCUGUAGAGUUGUGAAGGCGCAUUUACAUUAUAAAUGGACUAAACUCAUUCAUGUGCUCUUGACUCUGACAUAAUGGGACAAAAUAAUAAUAAUAAUAAUAAUAAUAAUAAUAAUAAUACUCAGCCUCUCUGGACUUUUGUAAGUAAAUAAAAUUAAACUUAUUUUAUUGCCAUAAUUUCUCUGGAUUUUCAGGGUUUUUUUUGUUUUUUUUUCAAUAACGAUGACGAUGCGUUGAUCAGCUGGUAAAAAUGUUGCUAAAUAAAAUGGAGUAAAGUUUAUUUUUUCUCAGCUGAAAUUGUUUUGUACGCCACAGUUCUGCUGUAUGAAUGUGAAUGUUGUUGGCACGGGUGUUAAUUAGAGGCAGAUUGGUGUUUAACCCCGACACAUGGCUGAUCAUCUCUUCCUCUACACUGUGUCUAGAGCAAAACUUUUUACACCUCUCUCUUUUGCGCCUAUUUAUGAGGAAAACGAUAAAGCUGUAGGUGUUUUUAAGUAAUUAUGUUAGAAUAAGCUUUUUUGUUGGUUUGUUUUGACAGAAUUGAUCCACACGACAAUGUGAAUAAUUCUUUAUUUAGUUUUUAUUGUGUUUGAAGAAUAAAAGCAGAUCUGCAUAUUUUGUGCAGCAGUCGA